AUUUAUAAGGAUUAGUUGGACGACGGCUACUCGCCGGCGACAGUCACCUUUCUCAAUUUUCACCUUCGGACGAAUGAGGUAGCGGCAGUGAUCCAAAUGGGAGGAAACGGGAGGCUGAAGUGCAGGCUAUGGUGGCCAACGAACGUCUCUUCUCAAACUCAACUCCAUUCCAGUUUUUUGUUUGGCUGGAUUUUUCCCUCUUCCGUAGCCUCAAUCGAUGUGGUUGUAGCUUUUACUUGCCAAGACUCCGGACGAACUUCAUCGAUCGAUUCACGCUUGGAUCUACAGGAAAUCUUCCCGAGGAUAAACAAAAACAUGCCUACACAUCUUCAAGACAAAAGUAAAUUCUCUCUGCUAGGAUAUAUUGAAGCAGAUCAGAUGGCCAGUAAUCAGUUGUUUAGAUGUGGAAAUGAUAAAAACAAUUGCCAUGACUUAACUAGUAAUAAACAUUUAAAUGAAUGUGCAAUUAGUCAUGAGAGCUGGAUUUGUGGAUGCCCCAAAUAUAAUGCAAUAUCAGAGCAAGGUGGUAUUUCUGCUCCAGAAAACAUGUGGAUCAAGCUUCUGUGUGGUCUUUCUGAAAGUGUAACUAGAGGAGUCAUUGCCGUCCCUAAAUUGGAUCAUUUGCAUUGGAAUAGUGAGGCAAUAACUGAACUGGAUCUCCACGUAUUAUUUUAUGACAUGCCCACUUUUGGCCACCAUCAUUACUCAAUGGGUAUAUACAGGUUAUCCAACAAUGUUAAAUCUCCUUGCAAGAAACCCAGGUGGUUUUACAAUCUUCAGCAAAAAGAUGCACUUAUUGACUUGGAUUCCAUUAUCCAGGCAAUAAACAGUGGUCAAGCUGCAAAACAAUUAUUUGGGCAUCAUACUAAUGUGCUUAGUCAAAAGUUCCUCAUUGUUCACAUGUUCUAUGUCUUCAUGUGGCGACUAUUAUCUGCAUCUAUCGCUUCACUUUCAACUCUCAUUUAUACUAUUCUUCAAUCUUCUCAUUUUCUGUUUAGUUGGUUAUUCAACACGAAUAUAGGUAUUCUGCUGACAAAAUUAUUUAGUAAUUCAUUGAAGAAUAUCCACUUUCGCUGCUGCCAACUCUUGUAUUGGCCUGUUUUUCUCCAGGGUCAGAGUACAAGGGAUUGGUCAUGUGUAGAGUUUGCAGAGAAAGCUGCCCUUGACAAGCACUCAAUAUGGUCAAAUGUUGUUGUUGAUGUCCUUCUAGGAAAUAUAUUUGGCAUUUCCCUAUGGUUUAUGGCAGAAUCUGCAUGCUUGUGGAUUUCAAACUUUGCAUUUGACUUUACUAACAACUUGCUACGUACUGGAUGUGUAUGGCUGAUGGGAAAUCCUGCUGGUUUUAAGUUGAACACUGAGUUAGCAGGAGUUCUUGGUGUGAUUUCUCUGAAUGCAAUUCAGAUAUGGUCUACACUUUGGAUUUUUGUUGGUUCUCUCGUUGUUCACUUCACCAAAGUCCUUGCCAUAUGUGGGAUAGCUUUUGGGCUUACUUCAGCAGCAGCUAUAAUCAUCGACAUGAUUUCACUUGUGACGAUGCAUGUCUGGACAAUCCAUUUAUUUCUUUCACUUGUGUAUUCAACCCAGAUACAAGCAAUAGCCUCUCUAUGGAGACUUUUCAGGGGUAAGAAGUGGAAUCCUCUACGCCACAGAAUGGACAGCUACGAUUAUACUGUCGAGCAACAUGUUGUUGGGUCUCUCAUGUUUACCCCAAUUUUACUUCUGCUACCUACAAUAUCAGUUUUCUAUAUUUUUUUCACCAUGUUGCACACAUCUGUGAGAUUUUUCUGCAUACUUAUUGAGGCCACCAUAUCUAUCAUUCAUUCCACUCCAUAUGCGAAAAUCCUCCUUUGGUUGGGGAGAAGGAAGCGAUUUCCAUCCGGGAUAUGGUUUGAAGUCAUCUCCUGUAUUUCUGAGACAGGAUCUCUUACUGGCCGUAACGGGAUCCUUGAGGAGAAAAAGGCUUCUGCAUUCAACAAUGGUGAACCCACAAUUUUGGUUUCGUUUCUACACAGCAAUUACUUGAACUUAGGAGAGGUAGUGUGGCCACACUACAGCUACUUACUCUCGGCCUUCUCGAGGUCGUCUAUUGGGUCGUGCGCUUACGGGCUUCUCACCGGAAGAAGAGCUGCUGCCUUAAGUCCUCUGCCUAGUUUCCCUCAGAAGUUGCAAUGGAUGGCAAUGCCAUGGAAAGAAUAUUGGAAACUUUGUUAUGAUUCAGUAUAUGGGUGCAGGGGAGAAGAUUGGAUGAAUAUUUAAUUUAACCAACACAUUUGCUAUAACCACACUUUAAGUAGUAUUAGAAUUAGAAUUAGAAUUAGUAAUCCCUUCAUUUAAUCUGGACUGACUGUCUUUUUGCUUGUUUAUUUAUCUUUCAUGUUCAGAUCUUGGGUUUCACUACUAGGUAGUCAGUUUGUAGAGGGUUGGUUCCAAGUUGAAGAAACAUUAUUAUUAUUAUUAUUAUUAUUAUUGUUA